AGUGGGCAGUUCAGGGUUUCAUAUCUGGCUUCACUUUCUCUAAACUCCCUCCUUUUCUUUCCAAGCAUCGGAGUCGGUCGGACCGCGGCAGUCCCAGUUCCCGGUACUAAUAUAUACCUGCGCAGAGCAUCCACAGCCGCCUUUCCCCCCCUCCUGACAGGACGGUAGUCGCACUGCAGCAAGCUGUGAGGAGCGGAGGGAAAAUACUUUUUUUACAGCCGAGAAGUCAGUCCAUCCCGCAUCAGCUGAAAUGCUGCUGAGAAGAAUCCGACAUGUCCAGAUUCUACCACUUCUCUGUGCAGUGUGCUGUCUCACUCUGGCCUUCCCCACCCAAACACCAUCUGCAUAUGAUGACGUCCAGUCCCUCCAGGUGAACAUCCCCCACUCAGAUCUGGUUUUUGCCCCACUGGGCAGCUCCAUCUCCAUCCCCUGCUUCGUGUCUCUGUCUUCCACACCUACCACUUCCUCCUCUUCCCCGGUCGAACCGCGGGUCAAGUGGACUGUGGUGUCUGGUGGGGUGGAGACGCAGAUCUUGGUGGCGCGGGGUCAAAGGGUGAAGGUCAACGAAGCGUACAUAGAUCGUGCGGCAUUGCUCAACCACACAUCUUCCCCAGAUGACCUGUCACUCUGGCUGGGAGAUUUGCGCUCCAGUGACUCGGGUCACUAUCGCUGCGAGGUGCAGCAGGGCCUGGAGGACGCCAGUGACCUCGUACAACUCAAAGUCAAAGGUGUUGUAUUUCACUACAGAGAUGCUUUGGGCCGGUAUGCGUUUUCCUUCCAUCAGGCCCAGAGGGCUUGUGAGGCCAUCGGGGCAGAAAUCGCCACCGCUGACCAGCUGCUGGCGGCUUAUUAUGACGGAUAUGAGCAGUGUGAUGCAGGCUGGCUGGCAGACCAGUCUGUCAGAUACCCAAUCCAAGUGCCCCGUGAAGGUUGCUAUGGAGACAUGGAUGGGCAACCAGGAGUGAGAAACUACGGGACAAUGGACCCAGAUGAUCUUUUUGAUGUUUAUUGUUACGUGGAACAAAUUGAUGGAGAGGUGUUCCACGACCCCGUCCCACAGCAGCUGUCAUUUGAUGAAGCACAGGCAUACUGCAGAGGUGCAGGGGCAGAGCUGGCUACAACAGCACAGCUGUACUUGGCAUGGAGUGAAGGUCUGGACCGUUGCAGCCCUGGCUGGCUGUCUGAUGGCAGUGUGCGUUACCCCAUCAUAACCCCCAGAGAGCGCUGCGGAGGCCCUCAGACAGGUGUCAAAACCCUUUACCGCUUCAGCAACCAAACUGGCUUCCCAGAGCCGUCCAGCCUUCAUGACGUUUAUUGUUUGAAAGAUAACAGAAUUGCUCCCACUGACUCUCCUAUGGACUACAUGGCCACAGAGCCUGAAGACUUUGGACAAGAUGUAGUUAUUCUUACGGAACCAGAUCAAGAGCUGAAACUGAACCAACAUGCUGAGCAAGUGGAGAGAGAGGCUCAAAGUGUGCUUGAAUCUUUUCCCUUUGUCUCCCAAUCUUCCACUGAGGAAAACCUGGUUGACACACACUCAACAGUAAUAUCAGACACAACAGAGUCUCCUCUCAACACCACAUCCACAUCGGACUACUUAAAGGCGUUUAAUGAAACUUCAUCUCCUUCAGAAAUGAGCUCUCACUCCCAGAAUCCUGCAGCACUGGGGAACAGCACCAGCAGCACAGAAACCUACAAUUUCCCACAAAACACAUCAUUACUGCCCAGUGUUUACAAUGAGACAGAUUCCCACCAGAACUUGAACUUCACCUUUCACCAAUUUGAAUUUGAAAACACCACAGGGUUUCCUGAACCAUCAUAUGAACCUCACACACAUAACCAGACAACACCAGACACAAACCCUGAAGAGUUUACGCAACCAUCUGAGAGGCCGAAGGAAUCUCCAGAAAUACAAGAGCCCAACUUUGGUUUAAACAGAUCACAGGCCAAUUACAGCAUUACAGAGAGCAACUAUACUCAAGAGGAGAAUAUCCCGGUGGCAACUUCAAUGACUCCUGACAACAUGCUCCAGGUGAAGAUGGAAGAGGCAACAGUAGCAGAGCCUUGGCAGAUGUCCCUCAUGACUCAGUCACCAAGAGAAGAAGGAGAGCUUCUUACACAAACUACCGAAGCUCCCAUCAAAAACCUAACUUCACUGUGGCUCCCUCUUGAUGGAUCUGGAGAUAGUUCUCAAGAGAGUGACCUGGACGUUGAAGUAGUCAGCUUCAUCUCAACAUCAGAUUAUUCCACUUCCAGCUUCACCACUCAUCCAUCACUUUCCGCUACAGCUAGCAGCGCUCCAGCUGACACUCAGACUGUACUCCCAGAUCCAACGUCUUCAUCCGGGUCACAAAAUAUUGACAAUCUGGGCUUCGAAAUCCUCUCCACAGUACCACAAUUAUGGGAGUCUUCCAUUUCUAAACAGGAAGGAAGUACAAGCUUAGAAACUGAAGACACAGUCACCACAGAAAGUGAGGAAAAACGGCUGCACCCGACAAAGGCUGAAGAAAACCUAGUUUCUGGAGUAAGUUUAGCUACCACUGAGUCUCCAGAGGAGUUCAACACCUCUCAGUUGCCUACUGAUUCCACCACAGCACAGUAUCAGACAUCAUCAUACAGAGUGUAUUUAAAUACUGUGACCACUGCUUAUGAAGAGGCAAGUGGACAAGAGCCUGGUACAGUUGCUGCAAUCCUUGGAGAAGAAAUUGAAGUUGCUCCAACCCUUGAAGAGGAUGUUACAGUUAGCCGAGUCCCUGAAGAGGAAGUUAAAGUUUCCCCAACAAUUGAAGAGGCUAAAGUUUCCUUUUCACUGGAACAGGAAGUUAAAGUUUCCCCAACAAUUGAAGAGGCUAAAGUUUCCUUUUCACUGGAACAGGAAGUUAAAGUUUCCCCAACCCCUGAAGGGGACAUUACAGUUACCCCAAACUUUGAGGAUGAAGUUAAAGUUGCACCAACUUUGCCCCAAGAAGAAGCCAAAGUUUCCUUUUCACCGGAAGAGGAAGCUUCAGUUUUCCCAACCUAUGAAGAAGAAACUAGUGUUGCUCCAUUGGAUGAAGAAGAAGCUAGCAUUGCUCCAAUACUUGAAGAAGAAGCUCACAUUGCUCCAACCCUUGAAGAAGCUACUGUUUCCCUGACUCUUGAAGAUGCAAAUGUUGCGCCAACUCUUGAAGAAGCAAAUGUUGCGCCAACUCUUGAAGAAGCUAAAGUCUCCCCAACCCUUGAAGAAAAAACUGUUUCCCCAACCAUAGAAGAAGAAGCUAACAUUUCCCCAACCCUUGAAGUAGAAGCUAAUGUCACCCCAACCCUUGAAGAAGAAGCUUACAUUGCUCCAACCAUUGAAGAAGAAGGUAGUGUCGCCCCAACCCUUGAAGAAAAAGCUAAUGUUUCCCCACCCUUUGAAGAAGAAUCUAACAUUGCCUCAGCCUCAGAGGAAGAUGCUUCCAUUGCCUCAACUGUUGAGGAGGAAUUUACCAUCUUUCCUCUUGAUUCUCAAACAUCUAACUGGGCUCUGCUGACCACCACAACUGGACCCCAAGAAUCUCUGAAUGAUCUUGAGUACAGCGGAAAAACCUCCUCCAUCACGUCCACAGCAGUUUUAGAUGCCUCCUCAAGUACAAAACCCACCGCUGCUACCACAAAGACGACUACCGCCACCAUCACAACCACCACACACUGGUCCAGACGCAGCUGGAGCCCGACAACCUCAACAGCCACUGUUCACCACAAGACGACAGAGCCCCAGAAGGUGAUGCACCUCAUACCACCAGUGGAUCAGGGUCUGGUGGAUGUUGAGUUUAGUCUCACCCAGCCGCCCACUCUGCUUAUCUUGCCCAAUGAGAGGGCAGCUGUAGGCGGUACAGGGAAAGCUUCAGAUGCCUGUUUGGACGACCCCUGUUUUAAUGGAGGCACCUGCACAGACCAAGAUGGGCAGAUUAAAUGUCUCUGUUUACCAACGUAUGGAGGAGACUUCUGUCAGACCGACUUGGAGCGAUGUGAACCCGGCUGGGACAAGUUUCACGGUUUCUGUUACCGACACUUCAGCCAGCGUCUGAGCUGGGAGGUCGCAGAGCAGCACUGUCGCAUGCAGGGAGCUCACCUGGUGUCCAUCAUGACCCCUGAGGAACAGAAUUAUAUCAACAGCAACUACAAAGAAUACCAGUGGACUGGUCUGAACGAUAAGACCAUCGAGGAUGAUUUCCGUUGGUCUGACGGCAACCCACUGCUGUAUGAGAACUGGUACAGAGGGCAGCCGGACAGCUAUUUUCUCUCUGGAGAAGACUGUGUGGUGAUGGUGUGGCACGAUGACGGACGCUGGAGUGAUGUGCCCUGCAACUAUCACCUGGCCUACACCUGCAAGAAAGGCACUUCCUCAUGUGGUCCACCACCGAAGGUCCGAAAUGCCUCCAUAUUUGGAAAAACUCGACAGAGAUACGAAACUAAUGCAGUUGUACGUUAUCGUUGUGCCGCGGGUUUCCAGCAGAGACUAAAUCCUCUGAUCAGGUGUCUGUCUGGAGGCAUGUGGGAGAGGCCCCAAAUUCUGUGCUUCCCUGAGGCUGGAGGUUCCACCCAGCACCCUGAGGUGACAUCACUGACCAACAACAACAACUUUGCAGCAGGUGAAGACGAAUUUGAAGCCACUAAGGAGACACCACAGUACUGGGACAUCAAGUUUUAAAAAACAGCCAUGCUUUCCUUGUCUUGUUUUCUUAAACUCUGCUGUUGUAACAUGACAAGGUGUAAAGAACCGAGUGCUUUUACCAAUGAAUGCUCAAACAGGACAAAAUGAACCACAAAAACAUAGAAAACACAGAACUGAAGCUCCACUUUGCCAAGGAGCCUGAGUGCACACAAAGGCUCUAGUUUCUUCUGACGGAGACACUGUUUACUUAAAAAACAUUCCUAUUUUUUGAUGUCCUUUAAAACACUUUCUAAUGUAAUUUCUAAGGAGAUUUUUAAGGGUUAAUGCGGUGACUGGUGGAGCUAAAAAGAGGUUUAGGUAAAGUGAUUACCCGAUGAGUCCUUUUCACUAGAAAGAAAUACAGUAAAUUACUAUGCCAGCUCCAAAUCUACAUUAAUAGCUAUUCUAUUUGUGGUUUUACAUCAAGAACCUUUUUAUGAAAUGGUGCUAAUGUCUUCAAGACCGUUCUAUCCAACAGAGAUUUUUGUUUUCAGUGUAAUGUAGGAAUACAGAUAUUUUCCUGCUUUUCAAAGAAACCUACAACUCCAAAGCACAAAGUCAACCAUAACAAAUAGUCAAUAAAUACUGUACAUAUAUUAGUUUUCACACCUGUGAUUGCUGUCCGCAUUUUUCCAAGAGAAACCUUUGAUUUCCAGCAGACACAGUUUUGUUCGUCAGCUUUAUGUUGUAAUAAAGUUUUGUAGAACAGAGCGAAGAAUAAAUUGUUCUCUUAUUUUACCCUUA